AUGACUGGAGAACUGGCUUGCAUGAUUCCUCAGAGCGGAGGACACAUUUUAUGGGUGUAUCAUGCGUUUGGACCAUUCUGGUCUUUAUUCAACAGUGUAUUGACGUUUGGAUGCGGGGUGUUUGACAACGCGCUCUUUCCAACACCCAAGCCUUUGAAUUGGCCGAAGCUACUCUCUGUGCUUCUUUGGAACACUUCAGGGUUUGAUUCCGCUGGAGCUUGUGCUGGUGAAGUGAAAGAUCCAGGAAGGUCGUAUCCUCUGGCGUUGCUGGUUUCUGUGGGACUGAUGCUUGUUACCUACAUAGUUCCAGCCUUAGUUGGCUUGAGUGUGGCGCCAUACUUCGAGCUGUGGAAAGGCGGCACUUUUACGGACAUAGCUGCACGUGUUGGAGGCCGUCCGUUAGAGAUUUGGCUGGGACUUGGAGGAGUUGCCAGCGCCUUUGGUCUUCUCUUAACUCGUCUAUGUAUGAGCUCGAGGCUUGUCUAUGGAAUGGCGGUGGCACAUAAGGCACCCCAGUUCUUUCAAUCUGUUGAAGGGAAACAUGGAACUCCUUGGGUAGCCCUUGUUAUCACUGCUUUCUGCACUCUUCUGCUGUCCGGGUCCAAGUUUACACUUCUUGCUGAGGCGGAUAUGGUGUUGUACUGCAUCUCCUCAGCAUUGAAGUUUUCAGCUCUUAUUUACCUGAGAUUCACAGAGCCAGAUGCCUACAGGCCUUUCCGCAUUCCUGUGGGUAAUCUAGUGCUUGUCGGGCCUACGGCUAUUCCACUACUAGUGUGCUUUGCAAUGGUAGUCCUGGGUUCACCGUUCUCACAUCUCGUGGCUCUUUCAUGCCUUAUGAUUGCUAUCAUAACCCACGUUUGGCUUGAGGCCAUAGUCCCUUUUCUCAAAAGGGCAGUAUCUGCCGCUGCUGUAGUUUAUUAUGGGACGAAAGAGCACCUCACAAGAAUCAGACAGCAAUGGAUGCGCUGCGUGCGGAGUCUGGGAGUCGUUAUUAGCAACACCGGCUCACGGCCAGUCGUGAACCACUCCCGGCCUCUCACCUCCCUCGCCGACGCUCCCGCUCGCCAUGGCCAUCCCAGCAUGCUGGGAGCUUUCUCCGCUCGCUCCACCGGCAUGGCGGCCGAGAUUCGUGCCAGGAAUGCCGCUCAAGGGUUCCGUUCCAUCUCCGUCGACGCAUUGAAGCCUAGCGACACUUUCCCCCGCCGUCACAACAGCAUCACCCCUCCAGAGGCCCAAGCCAUGGCCGAGUUCUGCGGCUUCGAAUCCGUCGAUGCUCUCGUCACUGCGACCGUUCCGAAGGACAUCAGACGCCAGCCGAUGCAGCUGGGGAAGUACACGGAGGGAUUCCCCGAGAACGAGAUGCUCGAGCGCUUUAAAGACAUGGCUUCUAAGAACAAGGUCCUCAAGUCAUUCAUCGGCAUGGGUUACCACGGAACCAUUGUCCCGCCGGUCAUUCUCCGUAACCUGCUCGAGAACCCCGGCUGGUACACCCAGUACACUCCGUACCAGGCGGAAAUCGCCCAGGGACGCCUGGAAUCUCUCCUGAACUUCCAGACCUUAAUUACCGACCUCACGGCAAUGCCGAUGUCCAACGCGUCGCUUCUCGACGAGGGAACCGCAGCGGCCGAAGCCAUGGCCAUGUGUCUCAACAUCAGCCGAGGGAAGAAGACCAAAUUUUACAUUUCCAACCUGUGCCACCCGCAGACCAUCGACGUGUGUCUGACACGCGCUGAUGGGCUUGGGAUUGAAGCCGUCGUCGGCGACCACACUAAGUUUGAUUACUCCAAGAAGGACGUCUGCGGUGUGCUCGUGCAGUACCCUGCGACAGACGGCACCCUCAUCGACUAUUCCGAUUUCGUCGUCAAGGCUCACGAGAACGGCGCGAAGGUCGUCAUGGCGACGGAUCUCCUCGCGUUGACCGUCGUCCGGCCGCCCGGCGAGCUUGGCGCGGACAUGGUUGUUGGUUCGGCGCAGAGGUUCGGCGUGCCGAUGGGGUAUGGUGGUCCCCACGCGGCGUUCCUUGCCACGUCAGCGGAGUAUAAGCGGCUGAUGCCCGGGAGGAUUAUCGGAGUGAGCAUUGACGCGCAGGGGAAUCCAGCUCUGCGUAUGGCAAUGCAGACGAGGGAGCAGCACAUCAGGCGAGACAAGGCCACCAGCAACAUCUGCACGGCGCAGGCUCUCCUCGCCAACAUGGCCGCGAUGUACGCCGUGUAUCACGGCCCCGCAGGCCUCAAGGACAUCGCGAACCGCGUGCACGGGCUCGCGGCGGUCUUCGCCAAGGGCGUGGAGAAGGCGGGCGCCGGCACCGUCGCCAAGGAGCCGUUCUUCGACACCGUGAAGGUGACCGUUGGCGGCGGCAAGGCUGCUGACGUGGCGGCUGCUGCGGUGAAGGAGGGGAUGAACCUGCGCGUGCUGGACGCUGGCACGAUCACUGUUGCGUUCGAUGAGACCAGCACCAUUGCUGACGUGGACGCGCUCUUGAAGGCCGUGGCUGGCAAGCAGCCUGCCUUCACAGCGGAGUCCAUUGCACCACAGGUGGACGCAGCUCUGCCCAAGUCGAUGGAGAGAGAGAGCGCCUUCCUCACUCACCCCAUCUUCAACGCCUACCAUUCAGAGCACGAGCUGCUGCGCUACCUGCACCGCCUGCAGGCCAAGGACCUGUCGCUCGUGCACUCCAUGAUCGCCCUGGGCUCCUGCACCAUGAAGCUCAACGCCACGGCCGAGAUGAUCCCCAUCACAUGGCCCGAGCUCGCCAACAUUCACCCCUUCGCACCCCUCGACCAGACCAACGGCUACCAGGAGAUGUUCAACGACCUGGGAGCCAUGCUGGCAGAGAUCACAGGCUUCGACUCCGUCUCCCUGCAGCCCAACGCGGGUGCUGCUGGCGAGUACGCGGGUCUCAUGGCCAUCCGCGCAUACCACCAGUCCCGUGGCGACCACCAUCGCAAUGUGUGCAUCAUCCCCGUGUCGGCUCACGGCACCAACCCGGCGAGUGCCGCCAUGUGUGGCAUGAAGAUCGUGGCCGUGGGCACUGACGACAAGGGCAACGUCAACAUCGCUGAGCUCAAGGCCGCUGCUGAGAAGCACAAGGACGACCUCGCUGCCCUCAUGAUCACGUACCCAUCGACCCACGGAGUGUACGAGGAGGGUGUUGACGAGAUUUGCCGCAUCAUCCACGCCAACGGUGGCCAAGUGUACAUGGAUGGCGCCAACAUGAACGCACAGGUCGGUCUCACCAGCCCGGGCCACAUAGGAGCGGACGUGUGCCAUCUCAAUCUGCACAAGACCUUCUGCAUUCCCCACGGAGGCGGUGGUCCCGGCAUGGGCCCCAUUGGCGUCAAGGCACACCUCGCCCCCUUCCUGCCCUCCCACCCUGUGGUCCCAACUGGCGGCAUCCCCCCUCCCCCUCCCGGCUCAGUCGGCAAGCAGAUGGGCGCCAUUGCUGCUGCCCCCUGGGGCUCCGCGCUCAUCCUGCCCAUCUCCUUCAUGUACAUCGCCAUGAUGGGCGCCCAAGGACUCACUGACGCUUCAAGACUCGCCAUCUUGAACGCCAACUACAUGGCCAAGAGGCUCGAGAACCACUACCCAGUGCUGUUCAGGGGAGCUAAUGGCACCUGCGCUCACGAGUUCAUUAUCGACCUCAGGGGAUUCAAGGGCACGGCGCACAUCGAGCCAGAGGAUGUGGCCAAGAGGCUGAUGGACUAUGGCUUCCAUGCUCCCACCAUGUCAUGGCCCGUGCCCGGCACCCUUAUGAUUGAACCCACCGAGUCCGAGAGCAAGGCCGAGCUGGACCGUUUCUGCGAUGCAAUGAUUGCAAUCCGGGAGGAGAUCCGAGCCAUUGAGGAUGGGAAGGCAGACAAGGCCAACAACACGCUCAAGAACGCCCCCCACCCCGCCUCUGUGGUGAUUGCUGACGAGUGGACCAAGCCCUACCCACGCGAGCAAGCAGCCUUCCCUGCUCCCUGGGUGCGAGCUGCCAAGUUCUGGCCCACUACAGGUCGCAUCGAUAAUGUCCUCAAAGGGAAGCCGCAAGUCGAGAAGAUGAUCCGAUAUGUGGUGGAGGCACCUCCCGACGAUGGAGAUGCUAAGCGGACAUUCAAAUUCCCGUUUAUCUCGUGCGAAGUCUUUACAUGCGACAUUGAUCAGAUAUUAACGACCGUGGUCGAGGAAGAAGAGAUUAUGGAUCUGCUUUUCUCCUUCACAAAUCCAGAUCGUCCGCACUCGAACCUUCUUGCAGGGUACUUCAGCAAGGUGGCUGUUUCGCUCCUUAUCCGAAAAACUCCAGAAGUGAUGGCAUACCUUCAGAGGCACCCAGAGGUUCUGGAUAACCUGAUUCGACUGAUUGGGAUCACAUCCGUCAUGGAGGUCGUGAUGAAGCUUGUGGGAGCAGACGACCAGAUCAUGAUGUACCAUUCCGACAAGCUGGAAUGGCUCGCUGAGACGAGCCUACUGGAUACAUUGCUGUCGCAGCUUAGUGCUCAGAGCUCGUCAGAUGUUCAUGCGAACGCGGCCGAGUGUCUGUCAGCCAUCGCAAGAACAGCUCCAUCCGCAUUGGCCGCUCAGUUGUCAACACCCAAGUACAUUGGGAAGUUUUUCGAGCAUGUGCUGGAAGGCCCGAGAUCGAUGACAUCCGUCAUCAACUCCCUGUCCGUUUGCAUCACGUUACUCGACCCAAAGCGUGCACCGCCUCCCGGCGUCAUGCGCAACCAGCUACAAUAUCAGCUGCAGACCCAGCAGUACCAGCAGCAGCAGCAAGUGAUCUCUGUGGAGACCGUUGAAGGGAUGGUUCAGCGACUGGGCGAGUUGAUUGGCAUUCUAGACCUUUCAAACGACGACAAGGUCCUCCCAACAACCUAUGGAGAGCUACGGCCGCCGCUUGGCAUUCACCGUCUCAAGAUUGUGGAGUUCAUUGGAGUGCUUCUUGGCACCAACAGCGAGCUUGUGCGCCUGGAGCUUGUGAGGCUAGGCGGCGUGCGCACAUGUUUGGAUCUCUUUUUCAGAUUUCACUUCAACAACUUUCUGCACCACCACGUGGAGAGGAUGGUCAUGGCCAUUCUGGAGAGUGGAAGCUCGUUGCUGCUGGAUCACCUUUUCGUGGAGUGCGACAUGCUCAACCGAAUCAUGACCGCCUAUGACGACCCCCAUGCGCCAGAUUCACGCCCGGAGCCAAGAGCUGCGUCAGCGAGAGUGCCUGCUCGGAGCGGGUACAUGGGGCAUCUGACGAGAAUAGCCAACAGGAUCUGCCAGUUGGCAGCGUCAAACUCUCAGAUCGAGGCUCACGUUCAGGCGAAUCCACGAUGGGCGGAUUGGCAGAAGAACGUUCUCAGAAAACGCCUUUUGCUCGAGAAUGUCUACCAGUGGUCUUGCGGCCGGCCAGCUGCAUUGGACGACCGGCCAGGCGACAGUGAUGACGACGAGUUCAACAGCCGCGACCGGGACUUUGACAUUUCCACCAUCUCGCUCACAGGAGGCUCGAACGCCAACAGGAGCUAUGGGCAAUACGCAUACGGGCAGUCACUGCUUGACUCAGACGACGUGGAAGAGGGCCACGAGCUCAGGGAUCCCUAUGACGUGGACCUGGUGAAGGCGGAGCAAGAAAUCGAGACAUUGACCCUCACUGAGAAUGCUCCCACAAGUGGUGAGUCUGAGCUGCUGCCCACGCCUGCAGCAGAGGAGCCUGACAAGCCUUUGUCCAGCGACAAGCCUGAGGGUGAUGACGCUGCAGAUGACGAGGAGGAAGGCGCUGAGCAGACUGGCACUGAUGAAUCCGGUUUCAAGCCGUUGCUGCUGGACGGUCCCAGCAGCCUGUUCACAUCAUCAGAGGCAGCACAAACCGCAUGGGUGGCGUUCCAAGAGGAGCAGCAGCAGAUGGCAGCAGCGGGUGAUGGUGGAGAGGGUAGUGCAGUAAUAGCUGAAGAGGCAGCAGAAGGGUCGGCUGAAGGGGCAAUUGAAGGGGCAGCUGCAGGGGAAGCUGAAGUGGCUGUGGUAUCUGCCGCAGCUGAAGAAACAGCAUCUGAAGUUACAAGAAGCAGUGAAAGUUCUGGUGCUGUUACUGUCACUGAUAUGGAUGUAGCUGCAAUCAGCACUGACGAAUCAUCUGGGGUUGCAGCAGAAAGCAUUGAGGAGUCAGGCAGUGCUGGUGCUGAUGUCCCACCAGCAAUCACUCAAGAAUCGAGUGUAGAGUCAGGAAGCACCCAGCAGGCUGUGGACGUUUUUGAGAGUUCACCCUUUGUUGCAGCUUCCACGCCAGAGGCAACAACCGAAGAAACUGCUGCAGCGCAAUCUGACGAUGUCACAGCUGCUGCACUCACAGAGGCUUCAACAGCCACACUGACUGACCCUACUUUAGGUGAAAGCACAUCUGAAUCCCCGGAUGCCGACACAACAGCAACUGAAGUUCCCGUAGUAGCAGGUGCUGUAGCAGAGACAACAACUGGCGAGGUAAUCUCAGGUGCAGAAGGAGAAAUCAGGGGUGCUGGGGAGACGGGUGGAGCAGGAGGGCAGCAAGUCACCCGGGGAGGUAAUAGUGAAGGGCAGGCAGGAACAGAAGCUGAUACUAGCUGUGGAUCUGCUGCUGCAGCUGUAGUGUCGACAUCAGCUGUAGAGGUCCAACCAGAAUCAGCAGAUAGCAAGGCGCCUGCUGCUGAUAGUGAAUCGGCACAAUGA